UGACCAUUUACUCGAUUUGGGAGUUACUAAAUUGAAUCGAAACAUACAAUCAUGCUGGUGGCCACGCGUGCCGAUGGGAUGGUGACAUGGUGAUUGUUUAUUUAUUUUCUACUUGAUUUCGUGAUUUGACUUUACACAAAAAUUAAUCCGAAAUGGAAAUAAAAGAGUGUCUUGACUUGAAGUGAAUAUCUGCGUAUUCGAAACUGAGAAAUGGAGCCGCUACUAUGGAGGGUGUUGCCUAUGUUAGCACUGUUAGUUUCCUUCAUAUUAUUCUUCUACUUCCAGGAUUCGCACUUAUCUCCUCUCACAAAGUUAGCAGGAGAUGGGUGCAGCCUUCUUCCCCACCGUCAUUACUGGAUUACCAGCAAGCGCAUUGUCACCCCACAAGGGAUCAUUUCUGGAUCAGUGGAGAUAAAUGAAGGGAAGAUAGUAUCUAUUACUGAAGGAUAUGGUAAGCAGGGGAAUUCUAAGCAAGAAGUGGUGAUUGAUUACGGAGAGGCGGUUAUCAUGCCGGGCUUGAUCGAUGUUCACGUGCAUCUUGAUGAGCCGGGAAGAACUGAAUGGGAGGGAUUUGUUACUGGUACCAGAGCUGCUGCAGCUGGAGGUGUUACAACAGUGGUUGAUAUGCCUCUAAACAAUCACCCUACAACUGUGUCUCAGGAAACACUGCAACUUAAGCUUGAAGCUGCAGAGAAUGAACUCCAUGUUGAUGUUGGUUUUUGGGGAGGCCUAGUCCCUGAAAAUGCACUCAAUACCAGUAUUCUUGAAGGUCUCCUAAGUGCCGGUGUUCUUGGCUUGAAGUCUUUUAUGUGUCCUUCAGGAAUUAAUGACUUUCCUAUGACUACUAUUGACCAUAUCAAGGAAGGAUUGUCUGUAUUGGCAAAAUAUAGAAGACCUUUACUUGUACAUGCUGAGAUUCAACAAGAUUCUAAAAAUAAUUUGGAACUCAAGGGUAAUGAUGACCCACGUGUUUACUCGACCUAUCUCAACACUAGGCCACCUUCAUGGGAGGAGGCAGCCAUUAAAGAGCUUGUAGAUGUUACAAAGGACACUAUACAUGGCGGUCCUUUAGAAGGAGCACAUGUUCACAUUGUCCACUUGUCUGAUUCAAGUGUUUCCUUAGAUCUGAUUAAGGAAGCAAAACUCCGUGGUGACAGCAUAAGCGUUGAGACUUGCUCCCAUUACUUGGCUUUCUCAUCUGAAGAGAUACCAGAUGGUGAUACUCGUUUUAAGUGUUCCCCGCCCAUUCGUGAUGCAUUCAACAAAGAAAAGUUGUGGGAGGCUGUAUUGGAGGGCCACAUUGACCUAUUAACUUCUGAUCACUCACCCACUGUACCUGAACUCAAGCUUCUUAAGGAGGGUGACUUCUUGAAGGCGUGGGGUGGCAUAUCAUCUUUACAGUUUGAUCUUCCAGUGACAUGGUCAUAUGGGAAGAAACACGGAUUAACUCUAGAGCAAUUAUCGUUAUUGUGGAGCCAGAAACCUGCAACACUUGCGGGGAUAGCAUCAAAGGGAGCCAUUGUAGUUGGAAACCAUGCAGAUAUUGUAGUUUGGCACCCGGAGCUGGAGUUUGAGCUGAAUGAUGAUUAUCCUGUUUUCCUUAAACAUCCGAACCUCUCUGCUUAUAUGGGACGAAGGUUAUCCGGAAAAGUGUUGGACACUUUUGUCAGAGGAAACCUUGUGUUCAAGGAUGGGAAGCAUGCUCCUGCAGCCUGUGGUGUUCCAAUUCUAGCCAAAUGAAAAUGUUUGAUACUUGAUCACUGCUCAGAAAGUAUCAUCAAAUUCAAACUUGGUGUAAUAAUACUAACUAAAAUAUUCUACAGAUUGAGUUUGCGGAUUCAUGUCUAUUGAGAUUCAAUCCUGAGUCCUAACCCUUCAAGUUAAUCCAAUAGUGAAAAUAAACAUUUUAAAAUUAUGGAAAUCUUUAUAGAAAUAAAUAAUUAUGGUAAUUUCAAAUUA